UGACAGUGCUACUCUGUCCAGAACUUGAUGCCGUCCUUCUCCCUUCACUCCAGCCGCAUCUCCCCGCUGGCAGACGGGAUCUCUGCGCAGCGAACUUCCGCACUUAUUUGCAACUUUUCCAAAUGGAUCCAAGAGUCACUUCAGUCCUCUUUUUCCUCCAUGCAGUCUGUGUGAGAAGCAGCCCCGGGCCCAUGGAGGAUGUGGUUGUGGAUCGGUACGACAUCCCAAGAGUUUGUCCUCGAGAAGUUCAGACUGAAGAUUUUAUCAGAUAUCACUUUAACGGGAGCUUCCAUACUGACGGGAAGAAGUUUGACUCCAGUCAUGACCGAGGAAAAGCCUUCAUCAGCCAGGUGGGUCUGGGCAGACUCAUCAUGGGGAUGGACCGAGGUCUUCUGGGCAUGUGUGUAAAUGAACACAGGCGGAUCACAAUCCCCCCACACCUGGCGUACGGGAGCGUUGGAACAGGUGGUGUAAUCCCUCCUGAUGCUGUGUUAGUGUACGAUGUUCUGCUGCUGGACGUCUGGAACGAAGAGGACAAGGUCCAGACCCGCACUCUCAGCAAACCUGCAAGCUGCAACCGCUCUGCUGUGGCCUCUGAUUACAUUCGUUACCACUAUAACGGCACCCUGCUGUCAGGUGAAGCAUUUGACUCCAGUUAUUCGAGGAAUGUGACCUAUGACACCUACCUGGGACAGGGUGACCUCAUCAAAGGCAUGGACGAGGGUCUGCUGGGCAUGUGUGUGGGGGAGAGGAGGAUCAUCAUUGUUCCACCCUUUCUGGCAUACGGAGAGAGCGGAUAUGGCACUCUGGUCCCUCCCCAGGCCACGCUGGUGUUCGAGGUGCUGAUGGUGGACAUGUUCAACCCUAAGGACGAUCUGAUUGUGGAAGUGAAGGAGGUGCCUGAAGGCUGCACCCGCAGGACAGUGACUGGAGAUUACAUCCGCUACCACUACAACGGCACCUUCCAGGACGGCACAGCCUUUGACUCCAGCUACCAGCGGAAUAGCACCUAUAACACAUACAUCGGGAUGGGAUAUGUGAUCCGGGGGAUAGACAAAGCUCUGGAAGGGCUGUGUAUUGGGGAGAAGAGGAGGAUCACUGUCCCUCCUCACAUGGCGUACGGUGAAGACGGGGUCGGAGACCUCAUUCCUGGCUCUGCUGUGCUGGUUUUUGACAUCCACGUCAUUGACUUCCACAACCCCAAAGACCCAGUCAAGAUCACAGUUACCCACAAGCCUCAGGAAUGUAGCCAGACCAGUGAAGCUGACGAUUUGAUCCAGUAUCGCUAUAAUUGCUCCUUGAUGGAUGGCACCCUGCUGUACUCCUCGGACCAGAGCGACUCGCCUUCCAUCACAACUCUGGGCGAAAACACGGUGAUCUCAGGUCUGCAGGAAGGUUUGAGUGGCAUGUGUGUAGGCGAGAGGAGAGAGGUGAUAGUCCCACCACACUGGGGACACGGUGAAAAUGGAGCGGGAGAAGUUCCCAGGAGUGCAGUGCUCUUCUUUGAGCUGGAGCUGGUGGAGCUGCAGAAGGGGGUACCUGAGGGCUACAUGUUUGUGUGGCUAGAUGACGGCCCUGACCUCCUCUUUCCUGCUAUGGACCUCAACGGUGACAAAGAGGUCCCUCUAGAGGAGUUUUCAGCUUUCAUCAUGCUCCAAGUUAAGGAAGGCAGGGGACGUCUUCGACCUGGGUUCAAUGCGGACACCAUCAUUGAGGACAUGUUCAGUAACCAGGACAGAAAUAAAGAUGGGAAGAUUGUAGAAGAUGAACUGAAAGCUGAGGAAAGUGAGCCUGAACAAGUGACAAGAGAUGAGUUAUAAGAGAAGGACUUUUCCACUUCUGAAGAGAUGGUAAGAGCCGGACAUCCCCAGGUGGGCUGAGUCUGUUUGUUUAGCUGUAUUCUGAUAAAGAUUUGUUGUUUCUGUUCAGAUGAAGGCCAACUUAACACUCUUUUAAGUGGAGCUGAACCACAUCUGUGUGGGCGGUCAGUGUGUUGUGCACAGGAAACGGGUGUUUUAAAAUGUGACAGGAAGAGAAAGGGAAAGUUACUCUCUUAAAGAAGCUUAUUUAUGGGUGUUGAGCUACUCUUAGAAAACAUCCAGGCUGGGCCGUCCUCUUAGAAUUAUCCCCUUAAUUAAAUCAGUGUGAACAACUGCCCCCUAAAAAUAAAGAAACCACUGAUUGUACAGUAUAUCUGAUAAAGACAAGUGUGUAAAGUGACAGAAAAUCUAACAUCAUAGUGAAAGUAUGUUGUGUAAUAUGAAUGAAAACCCUGUGUGCUCUGUGAAGACAUGUUGCUGUAAAUGAGUGUUUUGUGAUUCAGUGUUUUUUACUUGAAUGAUGCUAAAUCCAUAAAAACAUCCAAACAUAAGGAACCACUUUUUAUUCCAGAAAAGCUGGGACACAUGAAGAGGUAAUGUGUUGGGAAGAGAUGACAAAUAAAGGAGUGACAUGGCACAAAGUUAA